AUAAUAGUAUAAUAUCAAGAAAACAGUAAUCAAAGUGUUUUCUCAUAUACAAGCAUUCAAAAUGUUCAAGAAAUCAUUAGAAAACAUUCUUUUCGCUAUCCUAUUUGCAGCCAUGAAUAUGUGUAUAAUUGUGGCUGCAGUUGAUCCAGCAGCAGCAGCAGGAGAGCCAGUUCUCGAGUUGUACAUGCACGACAUUCUAGGUGGCAGCAACCCAACUGCGCGGCCAAUCACUGGCUUGUUAGGCAACAUCUACAGUGGCCAAGUGCCCUUCGCAAGGCCUCUCGGGUUCACACCCCCAGAAAAUGGUGUAGCCAUACCAAAUGCCAACGGCGCUAUCCCGACUGUAAAUGCCAAUGGCGUACCAUUAGGGACUGGCUUAGCGGGUACAGCUUUUGCCGGUAUCCCCGGUGGCUCAAACAACAAUGGUAACACAAUUAACACUCAGAUAGGCCCUGAUGGCUUGGGUCUUGGCUUUGGCACGAUUACUGUCAUUGAUGAUUUCUUGACCUCCGCACCUGAGUUGGGGUCGCAGCAACUCGGGAAAGCCCAGGGGGUUUAUGUCGCAAGCUCUGCUGAUGGAUCAACUCAGAUGAUGGCAUUUACAGCUGUGAUGGAAGGAGGGGAAUAUGGUGACAGCCUUAACUUUUUUGGAGUGUACAAGAUUGGGAGUACCAUGUCUCGCUUGUCCGUGACAGGAGGUACCGGAAAAUUUAAGAAUGCAUCUGGAUUUGCAGAGUUGCGAUCGCUCAUUCCAGCAGGUCAACAUGUUCUUGAUGGUGUUGAGGCAUUGCUAAGGCUCACAGUUCAUCUUACUUACUGAAGAGUACAUAAUGUUCAAAUCAAACAAGGAAAAAAUUGUGGGUUUGUUUGUAUGAGAAUUCGUGAGUUGAUUUAUAAUUUCUGUGGAUCAAUGUGGCGAAUGCAAAGAAA